AUGCCGCCAAAGGCCCCUCCCCCCGAAUAUGUGAUCAACACUGAGGCUUCGUCCCAGAGGGACUCCGUACAAGGAGGGGUGGAGAAAAUCGUGAAGGCGGCGCCUGGAGAUCAAACCUCAGGGGCCAGAGACAUGGGGGAGAAGAUCCCAACAGGAGUCGACGGCGGGGACCAUCUUGAAUUCGACCCCCAGUCGGACACAGUUUCGGAGACCCGUACGGCUCCGGAAUCAAGCAGGCGGCCUUCCCCAGCUAGAGAGUGCGUCCCUGUUCCACCGGCAACCUCUGUCCAACCAGAGGCGCCGGGUGCUUCAUUGGCGGCGCUGAAGAGUGCCUCCAUCAUCGGCGAACACCGUGCCCUUAUGGGUGCGGCGUCUGUAGCGGCUACUGCCGCUCAUACCGCGGAGGUUUCCAGACUGAAUCAAAGUCUGGAGCGGGCCGAACCGGAGCUUGGCCAGUUAAAAAGGCAGUUGGCAGAUCAACAAGGGGUGAUGACUGAAGUCGAGGCUCUGAAGAAGGCUGUUGCCGAGGCCAAGGAAAAGGCAGCCAUAGAGCAGGCUCUUCGUGAGAAGCACGAGGCCAAGGUUGUGGAAGCUGAGCGAGAGCUCCAAGAGGCCAUGGAAAAAUGUGAGACCCUGGAGCAGAGUUUAACAGAGAAAGAAUCCGAACUCAGCAGGGCUCAUCAGGCCGUGUGUGAUGCCCAAGGCGCCUUGCAAGAGAUCCAAGAGGCGAGGGAAAUCAUGGCGAGUAAGGCCUUCUUCCAAGUAAAGCAAGUAUUUGAGGAGAAAAUUAUGCUUUAUAAUUUUAAGUUCAGAUUUCUCCAGGGGUAUUUGCAGAACUUCCUCGCAGCAUAUCGGAUGCCUCCCAAUUCUACCGAGCCGAAGAGGGGAAUACUAUGGAUAAGCUCUUCUGGUCGCAGUAUCUGGCACCGAAUUAUCCGGUGCCUUUUAUCGAUCAACUGAAACAGCUGAUCGAAUUGCAUAAGGUGGCCGAACUAGCCAUGAAGGAUUUGAUUAUCCGUCUAUGGCCCGCCGAGCCGAUUCCAGGUAGCUACUUCAGGCUCAUGAAGCGACUUGUUAGUGCCUGCCCUCGACUUGAUGUCAUCAAAUGGUCAGUCUGUAUAGAAGGUGCAUGAAUGGCCUUUACCCGCGCAAAGGUGCACUGGGGGAAGAUGGAUGCUAAAAAGCUGAUGACCGAGGGACCGCCAGAGGGAAAGGAGCACCGCAAGCCCGAAUUGUAUUAUGAAAGUGUCCUAAAAGGAUCCUGCCUUGCGGUGGAGCAAUGCACCAAGGACAUUAUAUUUCCAUGAAUAUAGCCAUGUUGUCCUUUGUAAUGUGUGAACAAGGUCAUUUCUAUUAUUUAUUACCUGUUAUA